AUGAGCUCCAACUGUGGCUUUCAAGGCCAGUACCAGCAUCAGGUCAAAAACUGUUUCCAGAAUCGCUGCAGUGUGCCAGUGGAUCAAGCCUCUGAGUCACUGCUGAAAAGCAAAGCCUGCUUUGGAGCUGAAAACCUCAUGAGGGUUCUGGGGAACUAUUGCCGCCUUGGUGAAGUGCGCACCCAUAUCCGUGUGGGCGUUGUGGGCCUUCCCAAUGUUGGGAAGAGCAGCCUGAUCAAUAGUCUGAAGCGCAGCCGUGCGUGUAGUGUGGGAGCCGUUCCUGGGGUCACCAAGUUCAUGCAGGAGGUCUACCUGGACAAGUUCAUCAGGCUGCUGGAUGCUCCGGGCAUCGUCCCAGGACCCAACUCAGAGGUGGGCACGAUCCUGCGCAAUUGCAUUCACGUGCAGAAGCUGGCGGACCCUGUGACCCCGGUGGAGACCAUCCUGCAACGCUGCAACCUGGAGGAGAUUUCCAGCUAUUAUGGUGUCUCUGGGUUUCAGACCACUGAGCACUUUCUGACUGCAGUGGCCCACCGCUUGGGGAAGAAGAAGAAGGGGGGUGUAUACAGUCAGGAGCAGGCAGCCAAAGCUGUCCUCGCUGACUGGGUGAGCGGGAAGAUCAGCUUCUAUACACUUCCACCCUCCACCCACACUCUGCCUACCCAUCUCAGUGCUGAGAUCGUUAAGGAGAUGACUGAGGUCUUUGACAUUGAGGAUACCGAGCAAGCCAAUGAAGACACCAUGGAAUGCUUGGCCACUGGAGAAUCGGAUGAGCUGUUGGGUGACAUGGACCCGCUCGAAAUGGAUAUCAAGUGGCUCCAUUCUCCGAUGGUGAAAAUAGCAGAUGCCAUGGAAAAUAAAACCACCGUGUAUAAGAUUGGAGAUCUUACUGGGUAUUGCACCAAUCCAAACCGUCAUCAGAUGGGAUGGGCUAAGCGCAAUGUGGACCUUCACCCUAGGAGCAAUAGCAUGGUGGAUGUUUGCCCAGUGGACCGCCGCCCAAUGCUUCAGAGGAUCAUGGAGACAGACCCCCUGCAGCAGGGCCAGGCUCUGGCAUCUGCCAUGAAGAAGAAGAAGAAGAUCCAAAAGCGUGCAGACAAACUUGCCAGCAAGCUGUCUGAUUCCAUGAUGUCCGCUCUUGAUCUCUCUGGCAAUGCUGAUGACAGUGCUGGUGACUGAUCCUCUGAUCUCACCUCCCUCUCCAACUCCAGUUCCAAUGGAAAUAACAGAUGAAAUGGUUUGCUUCUCCCUGAAGCACCUGCAUAUUAAAAGAACCCCUCACCCACUUCCCUUCAUUCUCCAGGAAAAAAAAAGGUCCCAAGUGUCUAAAGCUGACAAACCCAAUACCUUUAUUUAAUCCCUACUCUGUUUACAAGAGAAAUAAAAUAAUCAGAAGA